AUGUCUGUCUCGACGUCCGGCACUGGCUCGCGUAUCGUGGGACAGCACGGCGAAAUGUCGUACGACUUGGUCGGUAGGCUUACUUGCUGGCCUGGAACAGACCUGGAGCAGAACAGAGACACGAAGUGGAAGGGAGACGGGACGGAGCUGGCAACUCUGGACGUCGCUGUGGCACCGCUAACAAGGUAG